CUUGGACUUUGAACAAUUUGCAACUUAAAAAAGAAAAAGAAAACAAGAAAGUGAUGGGAAGAGAGAGGACAGGGAAAGAAGAGCAGGACAUGAGCAAUAACUGCCUUGUCAGAAAAAAUCACCCAACUUCCAUAGUCUACUGCUACCUUCAAUUGACUUAAAAUUCAUGCCUCUCCAUUUAUUAAUGGCGAACAUAAUACCAAAUACCUAAUUGCUCAACACUCAAAUCAGUUUCUCUAGUCUCUACGAGACCCUUUCAUCUGAAUACGAGCUCAAUACGACACAAAAUGCUGUCGGUUUACAAGUUUGUGUUUUCUUGAGCAGCGGUGCGGUUUGCAUUUCCCCCUUCUUUAAAUAAUUAGGGACUUGGGGUUCGAGCAGAGGGUAAAUCCUAAUGGAACGAAAGCUGGUGAUAUGUGUGCAGGCUCUGAUACUGCUGUUUUCUUGCCUUUUGCGUUCAUUUGGGGCUUCCUACUCGGGGUUUAACAAAUCGGUCGAUGUUACCUUGACGGCACCUCAUCUAAAUCACACUCUGCGUAGAGCGUCAUGCCCGUCUGGCUGGAGCAACAAUCUGAACAACACAUUGUGUUUUAAAUACUUUGCUAGAAACGAAUCAUGGCAAGAAUCCGAGAAGCAGUGCACAUCUUAUAAUGGGCAUCUGGCAGCAGUUAAAUCAUUGCAAGAGCUAUCUCUUCUUGCAAAGCUGUGCAGUGAAAAUUCUAACGGAUGUUGGAUUGGCGGCAGAUUUCUCAACGGAAACUGGAAAUGGUCAGACAAUACAUCUUGCUCAAAUACAUCUGUUUGUCUCACCAUGCCAGUUCAGUCUGGCUGUACCAAUAUAUCUUGCUCGAGCCGUAAUAUGACAGAUGUCUGCACGUUAAUGGUUAAUGGGACUGGGGCCACAUCUCUCGUAGCUCAAGAAUGCAAUAUGCCGCAUCCUUUUUUAUGCAUGCUUGAUUUGGGAAAUAGAUGUCAGGGUAUGCACUGCCACAAGGAAUAUCUUAUCAUUCUUGCUGUAGUUAGCGGUCUGAUCUUUUUCACCACUCUAGCUGUUGUGUUAUGGCUUCUUAUAUACAAACGUAAUAGAAGGCGUAGUAAAAGAUCAUCUCGCAAGCAGUCCAAUAUAGCAGCUGAGCUGGCAUUAGUUCCUCCCUCGUGGAAAGUGUUUACACGUGAGGAGUUGAGGUCAAUUACAAAGAAUUUCAGUGAAGGAAAUCGCCUUCUUGGUGAUGCUAAAACCGGGGGCACGUACAGUGGACUUCUACAAGACGGUUCAAAGGUAGCGGUUAAAAGGUUGAAGAGAUCCGGUUUUCAGAGGAAAAAGGAGUUCUAUUCUGAGAUAGGAAGGGUAGCAAGAUUACAUCAUCCGAAUUUGGUGGCUGUUAAAGGAUGCUGUUAUGAUCAUGGGGAUCGUUACAUUGUGUAUGAGUUUAUUGCGAAUGGGCCUUUGGAUCGAUGGCUUCACCAUGUUCCGAGAGGGGGAAGGACAUUGGAUUGGGCCAUGAGAAUGAAAGUAAAGCCACAAGUGGUCCACCGAGACAUUCGCGCGACUAACGUGCUUCUGGACGAGGACUUUGGCGCGCAUCUCAUGGGAGUGGGCCUCUCCAAAUUUGUCCCGUGGGAGGUGAUGCACGAAAGGCGAGUUAUGGCCGGCGGAACUCACGGCUAUCUUGCUCCCGAAUUCGUCUACAGAAAUGAACUCACCACAAAGAGUGAUGUCUACAGCUUCGGAGUCCUUCUGCUCGAGAUUGUCAGCGGGCGUAGGCCUGCGCAGGCCGUGGACUCGAUGGGCUGGCAGAGUAUAUUCGAGUGGGCCACUCCACUCGUGCAGGCCCAUCGCUAUGUGGAGCUAUUGGAUCCUCUGAUAUCGUCUUCCUCAACCUCUGUGAUUCCGGAAGCUGGGACCAUACAGAAAGUUGUCGAUCUCGUUUACUCUUGCACGCAGCAUGUGCCGUCCAUGCGACCUAGGAUGUCGCAUGUUGUACACCAGCUACAGCAGCUGGUACAACCAUCUUCCUCGAAAUAA